UAGAAUCAUGUUCAGUCAACAGUGAUCUGUAAUCUUCAUCUCUAUAACAAUUCACUGCGACCACACUGCAAUGGCACAGAACGGGACUAUAGAGAACGGGGUGACUCGAAACACAUCCCCUCCGCCUCUGCCUCAACCUGUGAAAAUCCCUGAGAUUAAACACACUAAGAUUUUUAUUAAUAAUGAAUGGCAUACGUCAAUCAAAGGAAAGAAGUUUCCUACAGUCAACCCUGCAACAGGUGUCAAAAUCUGCGACGUCGAGGAGGCGGAUAAAGCUGAUGUGGAUGAGGCCGUUAAAGCUGCCAGAGCGGCCGGGCAGAGAGGCUCAGAGUGGAGGCGGAUGGACACGUCGAGCCGCGGCAGAUUACUGCACAGACUCGCGGACCUGCUGGAGCGAGAGCGCGCUGUGCUCGCGACUCUAGAGUCAAUGGACACUGGCAAACCCUUCCUGCAUGCGUUCUUUGUUGAUCUGGACGGCAGCAUUAAAACCCUGAGAUAUUACGCUGGCUGGACAGACAAGAUUCAUGGGAAAACCAUGCCAGUCGAUGAAAACUUUGUGUGUUUUACCAAACAUGAGCCCAUCGGUGUGUGCGGAGCAAUUAUUCCGUGGAACUUCCCUCUGCUGAUGUUCACGUGGAAGAUCGCGCCGGCUUUAGCCUGUGGGAACACGGUGGUCGUCAAACCCGCUGAACAGACCCCGCUGACGGCUCUUCACGUUGGAUCUCUCAUAAAGGAGGCCGGCUUUCCACCUGGAGUCGUGAAUAUCGUACCUGGCUUUGGACCUACGGUUGGAGCCGCAAUCGCCAGUCAUAUGAACGUUGACAAAGUGGCGUUCACAGGCUCUACAGAGGUGGGCCAGCUGAUCAAAGCGGCGGCGGCCAAGAGCAACCUGAAAAGAGUGACUCUGGAGCUGGGGGGAAAAAACCCCUGCAUUGUGUUUGCUGACUCAGACCUGCAGUCGGCGGUGGAGGAGACGCAGAAGGGCGCGUUCUUCAAUCAGGGUCAGGCGUGCACCGCUGCGUCACGCGUGUACGUGGAAGAGCAGGUUUUUGACGAAUUUGUGCGUCUCAGUGUGGAAAGAGCCAAGAAUAUAGUGAUCGGAGAUCCUAUGGAACCACAAACCUCACACGGGCCGCAGAUUGACCAGCAUCAGUUUGAUAAGAUCCUGGCGCUGGUAGACAGUGGGAAGAGGGACGGGGCGAAGCUGGAGUGCGGCGGAUGUGCGGUGAAGGACAGAGGUCUGUUCAUCCAUCCCACCAUCUUCUCUGAUGUCAAAGACCACAUGCGUAUCGCCAAAGAAGAGAUCUUCGGGCCGGUUCAGUGCAUCAUGAAGUUUAAGACGCAGGAGGAGGUGAUUGACAGGGCCAACAGCUCACAGUACGGCCUGACGGCAGCCGUGUUCACGCGUGACAUUGAUCGCGCCUUGAGCGUGUCUGCGGCCCUGGAAGCUGGAACCGUCUGGGUGAACUGCUACAACGCCUUACAUGCUCAAGCUCCAUUCGGCGGCUACAAAAUGUCAGGAAACGGCCGGGAGCUGGGUGAGUAUGCACUGGCGGAGUACACUGAGGUCAAAGCCAUCACGAUUAGACUCGGCGAGCAGCUGAAACUGUGAUCUGAGGCUCCAACAUCCAUCUGUGUUCAUAACAGCAUCUGAAGAAACUCUGGCUUUAACCAUCAGUCUCAUUUCAGCUCUUUUUCUACCAGUCUGUUUAUUUGAUGUAGAUGUGCUGUACAGAUUUAAAAAGAAUUUUUUUUUUUUUUUUUUAAUUUAAUUUGGAUGUUUUAAAAUGAAGCAACGUCAUCCAUCAUCUCUCAAUAUUUCCUAAUAUAAAGAUAUAUAUAUAUAUAUAUCCAAGUUAAGUACAUAUGUUUUAUGUAGUUAUUACAACAGAUUCACUUGCAUACACACUUUUGAUUUGGAGGUUCAAUUCUUCUUAGAGCUCUUACAGUCGGUAUGAAGCGGAAGUUGCGCUAGUCUUUUCUUCCCUAUUGUGACGUAUAUCUGAGUGAAACAGCUUCUCAAACAGGAAAAAUGUAGGGUGGGAUUUGAUUUUGUCCAUGGGGAAUUGAUUGGAUGGUUGUGGUUUGCUAUUGGUGGAUCUCAUUUGAGUGACAGGUUGCCCCGCCCUCACGCCGGUAAACACAUCAUCAGACAAGAGAAGAGAUGUCACUGCAAGAGGGAGAGGAAGAUAUUUUGAUUAAAGAUUAUGAGGGCACAUGAAUUUAAAAAAUAAUGAUGUGCAUGGAUAAAUCAUUUAUAAUAAAUACUGCAAUAUUUCAUCAAAACCAAGAAUGGUCCAUUUUGAUUUCAUGGUGACUUUAAAGGUCUCCUGUCAUGGCAGCUAAAAACAAAAAUGUUACCAAGUCUGUGUGUAAAAAACAAGUUUUUGGAUUGAAUUUCCUAAAUGAUCCUUCGAUUCACCUCAGAGCUGUCUUAAAUGAAAUAAUUUCUGCUCCUCUGACACCAAACACAACUGCAAAAAUGAUUUAACUGUUACUACGUUCACUUUGUGAUGCUGAAUGCAAAUUGAAAUGAUGAAUCAUUUUCUGCACUGUAUAUGAACAGUGUGUUGCCCUGCAUAAUGUGUAAUUAGCAUUAAAAGUGAUUUCCUUUUGUAAAUGUACAUACACAUCAUAUGACAGGUGAAUUGAUGUAAUUGUUUAAAAUAUAUUGUUUACUGUCUUUGACUUAUUAAAUAGCUAUUGAUUUAAAAAAAAAAAAUGAAUCUGAAUCAAUUAAUCAAUAAAUAAAAAUUCAUAUGAAGUAAAUGUUUAUUGUCAUUUUGAUCUGUUGUAGUGGUGCGAAAUAUACUCUAUGAAAGUACUUAAAAGGGUUAGUUCACCCAAAAAUGAAAAUUCUGUCAAUAAAUACUCACCCUCAUGUCGUUCUACACCCGUAAGACCUUCGUUCAUCUUCUGAACACAAAUUAAGAUAUUUUUGAUGAAAUCUGAUGGUUUCUGAUCCACACAUAGGCAGCAACGACAUCGCACCUUUUGAGGUCCAGAAAAAACAGUUAAAACAGUCAUCUGUCCCCUUUCAUACUGCUACUCUAUAGAGCACUACCUCGGAGAUGACGUGUUUUUGUAGGCCAACCCGGAAGUUAGUGGCGCACGGGUUCCCUCGAUUGAAAGCUUAUGCAUUUUUCCCAUAGACUUUUGGAAAAUCGCAAAAAAUAAGCUCUGUGUUUAACAAAGGGUUAUGACACUUACACGUUUUGUCUAUAAAUAUAAUCCUUACAAGUUAACACAGCAUUUAUACAUUUUGAAGCCUAAAUAAAGUCGUCAGAUAUAAAAAGCUAACAGUAGGCUAUAAACGGACUACAGCACACCAUGGUUGCAGAUCAACGUCACCACCACCAAGCUUCCUCAAAUUUUAUUUAAAAAACAACUUUAGUUAAAAACAUGCUCGCUGAUUAUGAUCUGCGCUGUGUAUGAAUACUUAUCCACUUUUUCAUGAGAAAUGCUGUCCAAAUGUCCUGUUUGUCAUGAUGACGUCUAAAGUCCCCGCCAAAGGAAGUAGUCCCUUUUAGCAAUUUGUUAGCAACCGCCGUUUUUAAGACACAAUAAAGGUUUAAAAAAUCACAACUGGUGUGUUUUAUGUCACAGAUCAAAACAUGAAAAUAUUUAGAGGCUUUGUUAACCACAGACCUUAUUUCAGGCGAUUUAGCAAAAACCCAUUCAAAAAACCCAUAGACUUUAAGUAGAUGGAACCGGAAGUCCUAAAAUGCUAACUCGCUUCUGGGUUUUGCCUACAAAAACACGUCAUCCCUGAGGUACUCUAUUGCAGAGCUUAAGUGUUUACGUCCGAACGGUGGCUCAGUAUUGCUCUGGUCAUGUGAGCAGCACGACUCAUGCGUGAGCCCGCGUUCUGACAUAAACACUGAAGCUCUGCAACGAAAAUAGCGUAGCAGUAUGAUGGGCACAGACGAAUUUGUUGAAUAAAGUCGUUAUUUUUGUUGUGUUUUUGCGCACAAAACGUAUUCUGGUCACUUCAUAAUAUUAAGGUUGAACCACUGUAGUCAGGUCAACAGUUUUAACAAUGUCUUUAGUAUCUUCUUUUUAGUACCUUUUUUCUCUUUCAGAUACUGGCAUUGAUGGAAAUUUAUAAGCUAUGCAGAUAUCACAUUUGGUUAAAUGGCACAAACAUUUGAGGGUAACUCUAUCACUUCCUUGAGUACUGAUGGUUGAUUUACACAGAAGUAUAUACAAAGGGACAGUGCAUUUGUAACUUGUGUAUUUGCAUAUAUGUUUUUAUAAGAUCUGGUUGAGAUAUUAAACCGUGGCUCUCAACCUUUUGUCCCCCUAUUGUACUAAAUAUUCCAUAUUGAAUAUUUCUAGUAUUAUUGCUGUAAUGACAAUGCAUAAUAAUAAAACUUUUUUAUUACAAGAAA